GCCCUAGGGAAUGGACUGCUGGGUACUUCAGGAGAGCAUUGCUCUUGCAUCCUAUGUCCAAACCACAGCUGUGCUCAGCAUUUGAAGUUGGAACAAAUAAACCGACACGUAUCUACUACCACAAGAUGGGAAGUGGAAUUAGUUCAGAGAGCAAGGAGUCAGCCAAAAGAUCGAAAGAACUGGAGAAAAAGCUUCAGGAGGAUGCUGAGCGAGAUGCAAGAACUGUAAAGCUGCUCCUAUUAGGAGCGGGAGAAUCUGGGAAAAGUACUAUUGUUAAACAAAUGAAGAUCAUCCAUAAGAAUGGUUACAGUGAGCAAGAAUGCAUGGAGUUCAAAGCAGUAAUUUACAGCAACACAUUGCAAUCCAUCCUAGCUAUUGUGAAAGCCAUGACUACCCUUGGGAUUGAUUAUGUAAAUCCCAGAAGUGCAGAGGACCAACGACAACUUUAUGCAAUGGCAAGUUCCCUGGAAGAUGGUGGCAUGACGCCUCAACUGGCUGAGGUAAUAAAACGACUGUGGAGAGAUCCGGGAAUUCAGGCCUGCUUUGAAAGGGCAUCUGAAUAUCAGCUCAAUGACUCGGCAGCUUACUACCUUAAUGAUUUGGAUAGAAUAACAGCAUCUGGGUAUGUGCCAAAUGAACAAGAUGUUCUUCAUUCUCGAGUGAAAACGACCGGAAUUAUUGAAACCCAAUUCUCCUUUAAAGACUUGCACUUCAGGAUGUUUGAUGUAGGUGGACAGAGAUCUGAGAGAAAGAAGUGGAUUCACUGCUUUGAAGGAGUUACAUGCAUUAUAUUUUGUGCUGCGCUUAGUGCCUAUGACAUGGUUCUCGUGGAAGAUGAAGAAGUGAAUAGAAUGCAUGAAAGCCUUCACCUGUUCAACAGUAUCUGUAAUCACAAGUAUUUUUCAACAACCUCCAUUGUCCUGUUCCUCAACAAAAAGGAUAUCUUUCAAGAAAAAGUAACCAAGGUGCAUCUUAGUAUCUGCUUUCCAGAAUACACUGGGCCAAAUACAUUUGAAGAUGCAGGAAACUACAUCAAGAACCAGUUUCUAGACCUGAAUUUAAAAAAAGAAGAUAAGGAAAUUUAUUCCCACAUGACCUGUGCUACUGAUACCCAAAAUGUCAAGUUUGUGUUUGAUGCAGUUACAGAUAUAAUCAUCAAAGAGAAUCUGAAAGACUGUGGGCUUUUCUAAUCAACCAUUUUUUCUUCCACUCUUGCUCAUGUAUGCUUUUCAAGAUAUAAAAGAAAAGGUGCUGUAUGAUGUGUUUAGUUUGAAUAGACAUUAAUUUAUCUAGACAUAUAAGCAGCAUGGUAAAGCAAAAAGUUUUCCCACAAAAAUAUUUAUGUAUUAUCAUCUGUAUCUGGAUAAGUUUAAAUUUCUUUGGGUCAUGGGGAAUGGGAGUGCCUUUGAUGUCCUUAUAUCUAAAAACUGAUAUAUUCUGGUAAUGGUUACAGUAUAUAUCAAUGACACUGAAUUUUCUUGGAAAUAAACUUCUGCUUGUGAACUGUUUUUAGUCAUAGGAUAAUGAAAACAUAUGAAACAUUAUUAUUUCCAUUGGCCAGAUUUUGAGAAGCAUUCAUGUUUGUUGAUAAUGUAACCAUGCUAGUACUGUAGAGGUUUUUUUUUUUUUUUUUUUUUUUUUAAGAGGCAGGGUCUCAUUGCAUUGCCCAGACUGGAGUACAGUGGCACAGUUGUAGCUCACUAUGGCCUCGAACUCCUCAACUCAAGUGAUCCUGUCACCACAACCUCCUGAGUAGCUAGGUCUAUAGGUGCAUGCCACCAUGCCCAGAACGCCUGGCCUCAAGUGAUCCUCUCUUCUGGGCCUCCCAAACCUCUGGAAUUACAGGCAUGAGCCACGGCUCCUGGCCUAGAGAGACUACUUUAAAAGGGUGUGAGGCAUUUACUAGUCAAUUACCCCAUCUGUUAGGCAGCUGCAAAUGAAACGUUCUCUAUACAUUUCUUUGUUAAUGGGAAAUUACAUUUGCAAAAUAAAUAUAUUCAAUUUUAUCUCCUACAUUGUUUUCUUUAAAAAAAAUCAUUAAUGCUGAAUUUCCCUUGGAGUUGAAAUUUCAAUAAUUUAUUUUUUUAUACUACUCUGGUUGAAGACAGGGUGAAUUGUAUGGUCAAAUAUGUAAUGUAAGGCUUUAUAAGUGAAUAAUCGUUUUUAAUGGAACACCCAUUCCCCACAUUUUAUUCCAGAUUGGCAUGGAACAUUAUGACAAGUGAUGACCACAUGGGCUUUGGGAUGAUAACUCUGGACUUCAAGAGAGAAAAAUAACUUAAUGUUUUAGCACUAGUAUGUUUUGUAUUUUAUGAAUAAGAAGUAGGAAGGAAAAACGAGCAGAUUUUUAGAACAUAAAUUUGGGAUGAUAACUCUGGACUUCAGGAGAGAAAAAUAAUUUAAUGUUUUAGCACUAGUAUGUUUUGUGUUUUGUGAAUAAGAAGUGGGAAGGAAAAACAAACAGAUUUUUAGAAGAUAAAUAUUGAGAUCCUCCAUUGGUACCAUAUGGUCCAUUCUAUCAUAUUCUCUUAUAAUGGUCAACGUCUACUUUUUAAAAAACCAAGUUGGUGCUUUACAAAUGAAAUAAUGUUAAUUAUGAAGAAUAAAGGUGAUGUUUUUUUCUUUUUAUAAAUUGUCUACCAUUUGCAAACAUACUUUUUAAAGCAUGUCUUGGCCAGGUGUGGUGGCUCAUGCCUGUAAUCUCAACACUUUGAGAGGCCGAGGCAGGCAGAUCACGAGGUCAGAAGAUUGAGACCAAGUUGGCCAAGAUGGUGAAACCCCAUUUCUACUAAAAAAUACAAAAAUUAGCUGGGCAUGGUGGUGGGCAACUGUAGUCCCAGCUACUUGGAAGGCUGAGGCAGGAGAAUUGCUUGAACCCGGGAGGUGGAAGUUGCAGACUUCAGCCUGGCAAUAGAGCAAGACUGUCUCAAAAAAGAAAAAAGAAAAAAAAAUCAUGUCUGAAUAUCAUUUAUCCUUCUAUACUUCUGGAAAGUGAUACACACUCACAAUAUUAGGUCAGCAUAUUAGAUUUAUAAUGACUCUUUUAAAAAUAUUGAAUUAAGGUUUUAUAAGUUAGGUGAGUUGUAGGGAACAUAAACAAUUUGCCAAUCUUCAUUUGGGUGGAUUUAGGUAACUCUCUCUCUCAGUGUUGUUAUUUCAUUUAUCUAUGACAUGUUUUACUUCUAAACACAUAAAGAUAAUCAUAACUCAAUAAAUAAUCUUCACUAAAGUGCCUGCGGCCUUUUUUCCCCAAACACAAAGCAAUUAUCAACAAAUACAGUCAAAUUUAAAAAAUUAUAUUGAAAAUUAAUUUGAAAUUCCAAUAUAUCAAUCACACAGGAAAGAAAGCAUGAGAAAUUAUUUAGUUGAGGAAUUCCAUAAAGUUUUCUGGCUGAGAACCACUAUCUGUACAGCAACCACUCAACAUUUUGCUAGGAAACGUUCAAUAUGAGAUUUUAAAUAAAUAUUACAAAUACUAUAUUUCAUCCAUUGCUCUGUCUUUCCUCCCUUCCCACUCUAUUUUAACCUGUUUUCUUCCAUAAGUGUGAAGAGGGUCUUCCAUAAAGGAAAAUAUAUCAUUUGAAAUGCUACUGACUUAAGUUUAAGAUUCAUUUUUUAGACAACGUAGGUGGAAAGGGUGGGGUCUCAAAUGGUUCAAUUUGCCUUCAA